AUGGAGCCGGCCGAGGCCGAGUUCCUGGCCGAGAAGGAGAUGGUGACGAUCGUGCCCAACUUCAGUCUCGACCGGAUCCACCUGAUCGGGGGGGAUCUGGGUCCCUUCAAUCCUGGCUUGCCAGUGGAAGUGCCUGUCUGGUUGGCCAUUAGUCUGAAGCAGAGGCAGAAGUGUCGGCUGAUCCCUCCAGAGUGGAUGGAUGUUGAAAAACUGGAGGAAAUCCGGGAUCAGGAACGUAAAGAGGACACCUUCACUCCAAUGCCCAGUCCCUAUUACAUGGAGCUCACCAAGCUGCUGUUAAACUAUGCCUCAGACAACAUCCCCAAAGCCGACGAGAUCCGCACGCUGGUGAAGGAGACGUGGGACACCCGGAUCGCCAAGCUGCGGCUGUCUGCGGACAGCUUCGUCAGGCAGCAGGAGGCUCACGCCAAGCUGGAUAACUUAACCCUGAUGGAGAUCAACACAACAGGGACUUUCCUUACCCAGGCCUUGGAUCAUAUGUACAAGCUCCGGACUAAUCUUCAGCCUGGUGAGAGUUCCCAAUCCCAGGAUUUUUGA